CAAGUGGUAGCUUGACACCAGAUACAUGUCCUUUGUAUGUGCAGACUGCAGUCUCGUAAUUUGGAGCUCAUACUUCAAGCCUCAUAUAUCUCCCUCUCCCUCUAUACAUCCAUCCAAAUGGCUUCUCUCCUCAAUCUGAUGAACCAAGACUCAUCGAGGUUAAGUCUAAGGAGAAGUGAACCGAGUUCAUGCCUUGAAAUCGAGAGCUUUCCAGAAGCCCAAAGAAAAGAAUAUCCAGGGCAUGACGAUCAUGAUCUGAAUAUUAGGAAUGGGGUGUACAUAACAUGGGAGGACCUGUGGGUGACGGUGCCAAAUGUAGGGGGCGCGAGUGAUAAGCCUAUACUUCAAGGGCUGACGGGCUAUGCCCGACCUGGUGAGCUCUUGGCCAUCAUGGGUCCUUCCGGUUGUGGGAAAACCACUCUUCUUGAUGCUUUGGCAGGAAGAUUAAGCAUGAAGAUAAACAAGACGGGAGAUAUCCUCAUCAAUGGCCAAAAGCAGGCUUUGGCAUACGGAACUUCGGCCUAUGUGACACAGGAUGAGACACUAGUCACAACCCUGACUGUGCGAGAAGCAAUUCAUUAUUCGGCACAGCUCCAGCUCCCGGCGUCCAUGUCCAAUGCAGAGAAGAGAGAGAGGGCCGAUGGCACCAUCCGAGAAAUGGGGCUAAAAGACGCCAUGGACACCAUAAUUGGCAGCUCGUGGGGUCCUGUAGGUAAGGGAUUAAGCAGCGGGCAAAAGCGAAGAGUCAGCAUUUGCUUAGAAAUCUUGACCCAUCCGAAGCUGUUGUUCCUCGACGAGUCGACCAGUGGACUAGACAGUGCAGCCUCGUAUUAUGUCAUGAAAAGGAUUGCAGCCUUGAAUCACAAGAGUGAUGGAAUCAGAAGGACGAUCAUUGCUUCCAUUCAUCAGCCUAGCACUGAAGUUUUCCAACUCUUUGAUUACCUCUGCCUUCUGUCCUGUGGUAAAGCCAUUUACUUCGGUCCAGCAUCUUCAGCAAACGAGUUUUUCGCUUCUGCUGGGUUCCCUUGUCCGAUUCUUCAGAAUCCAUCCGACCAUUUCCUCAAAACCAUAAAUAAGGAUUUUGCAAUGGAUGUCGAAGAGGGUCUAGAAGUGUCCGUGGAGGAAGCUAUUGAGACCCUCAGAAGAUUGUACAGGUCAUCUCCGUACUACCUGGAAGUUGUCCGCCAAGUUGCCGAGAUUUGUAAGCAGGGUGCUAAGGGUCAUGGAAGACUAAAAGUGGAGGAGCAAGGGAGCAAGGCAAGCUUCUUAACUCAGUGUUCUGUCUUGACAAGGAGAUCUUCGGUGAACAUGUACAGGGACAAAGGCUACUACAUGUUUCGCGGGGUCAUCUACCUCGCGAUAGCUCUGAGCAUGGGCACCCAAUAUUAUAAAGUUGGAUUUGCUUAUGAGUCGAUUCAGGCAAGAGGAUCGUUGAUCAUGUUCAUAUCUGCAUUCUUAAAUUACAUGGCAGUUGGUGGUUUCCCUUCUUUUGUGGAGGACAUGAAGGUGUAUAUCGGAGAGCGAUUGAACGGACACUACAGAACCAGUGCAUUCGUCGUGGCCAAUGCAAUCUCUUCCAUUCCAUACAUUUUGUUUCUUUCAGUUGUUUCAGGAACGAUAAUAUACUACCUCACCGGGAUGCAUGAGGGCAUCGGAUGCUUUCUGUACUUUCUUUGGCUGCUGUUUACCAGCAUGAUGGCGGUCGAGGGCAUGAUGAUGGUUAUUGCCAGCAUUGUCCCGAACUUCUUGAUGGGUAUCAUUGCUGCAACCGGAGUCCAAGGCCUGAUGAUUUUGGGAGCUGGCAUCUAUAGAUUGCCAAAGGACAUCCCGAAACCACUCUGGAAGUAUCCGAUAUACUACAUCGCCCUCCAUAGGUAUGCCUACCAGGGGUUAUGCAAGAACGAGUUUGAGGGUCUAGAAUUUCAGAUCCAACUCGAUGGCGCAGGGCAACACAUGGUAGGCGGCAAGCAGAUUCUACAAGAUUACUUCCAGAUUGAGAGUUAUUCGAAGUGGGUAGAUCUGUGGGUACUGCUGGGAAUGCUUGUUUUUUACAGGCUCUUGUUCUUUGCAAUAAUCAAGUUGAACGAAAUUGUAAAGCUCAAAAUGGCUGCUCUUAUGGCAGGGACACCAAAGCAAGCUACUCAAGUUAUGGAGAGUCCUGCAGCCUAAUGUUUUUUCGAUUGCAAAGAGAUCAUAAUCUGUGAUGGAGAGUCUUGCAGCCUAAUUUGAUUCCAGUAAGCUGAAUGAUAAGUUAAUAUCCAUAACUGGACUUAAUUGUAAUUCUAUUUUUUAGUUGCAUUAAGAUCUUUUAUACACUCA